AUGGAAGGACCAAUAGAAGACCAUCAGAGAGAUCAGGCUCCAAAAGCCUUUGCACUAGCUCAAAUGACGAAGAAGUGCGGAAGGUAUAUUGCCAAGGUGCCAAAGUCUGCAGGCAGAAAGAUAAAAAAAGGAGUCACUUAUUUGGCUAAAAAAAUCAAGACAAUAUUCAGAACGCUUAAAGGAAAAAAGAUCGGUGAAAAAGAGACAAAUUAUGACGAAGAAAAAGAGACAGAAAGAAUGAAAGCAUCAUCUACCACAGACUCUGCUCUUUUGAAAACCGCAAAACAAAAUGCAAAGUGCAAGAUACAAAUCACAAGCCAAGGAGAAGCACUACCAGAAAUAAUCCAGCCCAUAGAAGCAGAAAGCUCAAAAAAGAGCACAGUGGAGACAAUAGCUUAUCUAUGCAAACAGAUGGAAGACAUGGAGAGGAUCAUAAAAGAUAAAACCCACAGUGAGCCAGUGCCUGCAUCUAUUUCACUAGAGCUCAUUUCUUACAUGGAAAAGAACGGCAUAGGCAGGUAUGCCGAGCUAAAUGAAAUAAAAACAAAGUAUCACGCAGAUGUGAGAAGCCAGAAAGAUAAAGAAGAUGUUAAGCUGGUAAACAGCACCGAGGCUCGGAGUGCUGUUAUAGAUGAGCUGAAGCCAACUCUUUACCUGAAGUAUAUGUUUGCCCAGAGCUCUGAGUUCAGGAAAAGCUACAGCUCUCUGUACGACAGUAUUAUAUUUUCAUUAGCCGCAAAAGCAGCACCUACCAACAGAAGCAUCACAACUGUUCUUCUGUAUGCCAGUGUUGUAAAACAAAUUAAAAUGCACAUUAUGUCCAGCACAUGCAAAUUAGAAUCAAAAAAGCCGAUUUUCGAUCUGUACACAUACAAAAAACACGAGUACAUUCAGAAGCAGAGACCGAGCAUAUAA